AUGGCCUUGUCCCCUGACCCCAUCCCUGUCCCCGCCAGCCCACCAAGGCCGCAGGUCCCCCCUCGCCCCAAUGCAGCUUGCGGCUUGCGGAGCUUGUUCCCCGGCGCGCGCUGCUGGGACUCGAUGUGGGGUGCAACUCGGGGCUUGUUCCCCGCGGCGGUCCGCCCGCUGCUGGGACUCGAUGUGGGGUGCAACUCGGGGGAGCUAAGUGUGGCUCUGUACAGGCAUCUCCUUGGCCUUCAGGAGAGUGAAGGCAGCCUGGACCAGCCUGCAGCUGGAAAGGAUCUGAACCUUCUGUGCUGUGACAUUGAUCCGGUGUUGAUUGAGAGGGCUCAGCAGUGCAGCCCCUUUCCUGCCUCCAUAUCCUUUGCCAACCUGGACAUCAUGGACUCCAGUGCGAGGGAGCCAUUCCUGAGCUCCUACCUGGGCCGUUUUGGCCGCUCCACCUUUGACAUUGGUUUUUGCAUGUCUGUGACCAUGUGGAUCCACCUGAAUCAUGGGGAUAAUGGCCUCAUGGAGUUCCUGUCCUUCCUCUCCUCUCUGUGCAAGUACCUGCUGAUUGAACCUCAGCCAUGGAAGUGCUACAGGGCAGCCGCACGCCGCCUUCGGAAGCUGGGCAGAAAUGACUUUGAUCACUUCCGAUCUCUUGCUAUCAAUGGGGAUAUGGCAGAGAGGAUAACGCAGAUCUUAACGAAGGACUGUGCCAUGGAGCUGGUGUGUUGCUUUGGGAGCACCAGCUGGGACAGAAGUCUCUUGCUUUUUAAAUCAAAUGGCUCAAAUUACGAGGGCAGGGAGUCUUCAGAACAGGAGCAGUGAUUGAGAAAUGGCCUCUCGCAUUCACGAAUGUAUAGGCAAGGAGGUGCUUGCUGUUGACACAGUCAGAUCUAGGAAUUCCUAAAUCCCUAUUGGGACUAGACCUUGACCUCCCUAGGGAGUUCGAGGCAAGUAAUGUCUGUGUGUUUUGUUUUUUUUUUCCCCCCUUUCCAUCUGCAAAAUGCGGUGGCAGUUUUAACCCACCUUUUGGGUUCUGAGAUUGCUGUUCCUAGAAAGUGCUCUUGAAAUCAGAGUUGCUACGUAUGUGCUUUCUAUGUGUACCAAGAAUAUUCCCUGGAAGAAGAGAAAACAUGCCUUUUUUUGUCCCUGGAGCUUUUCAAGGAAAGGGGACAUUUCUGUUGACCCGUGCGAUGCACUGUUUGUUCUGCUUCUUGUCAUGUUUUCUGUAUAAAAUGCUGUUGGAAAAUAUAUAACCUGGUUUACCACCUAUGAACAAGUGAGUUGGAUCGUUGCAGAGGCUGUCUGGUCAACAGGUUGCCCAGAGAGGUGGUGGAUGCCCCAUCCCUGGAAACAUUCCAGGUCA